AUGAGCAAUCGUGCCUUACCGCUGCACCUUCUCCCCAAAUGCUCACGGCUGCAACUUGUGCUGUCGUCCUCGCCGCCCAUCGCCCAGUUCCUCCUGGCCGGACCCACUUCGUUUACGACCGCCACCACCACCUCCUCCUCCUCCUCCAACAGCAGCAGCAGCAGCGGCAGCAGUGGCCAUCGGCACAGCACCAUCAUCUUUGGCAGCGCGCGUGACAACCACGAGUUGUUUGACGAGUACCUGCAAGCUUCCGCGUGCACACGCUCGCCACUUCCUGGCCAGCGGCAGCGCCGGCGCAAGGACCGCGUUGUGUCUCGCAUCAAACGAGCAGCCAAGAGCGUCCGCAUCAAGUCUCGCUCCCCAGGCGCUGACCGCCAGCGCAACCACUCGGCAUCCCCUGCCGGGCCAUCGUCGCUGCAGUCGACCAUCUCGUUCACACAGCUGGCCAGCACGCUUCCAGACAGCGUGGCCCCAACACCAACACACACGCACACACGCCACUCGCACAACAACCACCAACACCAGCAGCAGCAGCAGCAACAGCCACAACAGCAACAGCAGCAUCAUGGCGCUUCAUCAUCAUCAUCAUCGUCACCGCCGGGGCGACCAAGCACGCGGCCCCACUCACUGCCACCGCAGGAGGGCGAGUGGACGCCGACACCGCCACCACGUCGCAGAUCACGCAAGACAGCGGCACGCUCCAUGCUGGCACAGCACGCGCCGCACACGCCAUCGCAGCCGCCCCCGAGGCCACCAGCACCACAAUCACCAGCCACGCGUGCAACAACAGCAUCCGCAGAGUCAUCAGCACCACCCUCGUCGCCUGCAACUACAACUGCAAGAACAUCCACUGGAUGUUAGCGUGUGCUUGUUUCUGCUUGAUGCUGGUGCUAUUGCAAUUUACACUGGAGGGUGAUGGACCCGAAACACGCGCACAUCUGGCGGCGUGCCACUGCGUGGUUACCAGGCUUCGCACAGCUGGUUGUAAUACGGUUAUUACACGGGUGUCGUGGUCUUGUCACUUGAUCAUAUCGCUUGUAUAUAUGCGCAAGACACGCAGCAAUAAACGGCAAAUGAUUCCAG